GUGCGCUUUUCUCUCUCACGAGCUUCGGUGCGUAUCGCCGCGUACCCUGGAGCCUGUCACGACUCGUCGCCACGUCGGACGAUCAACCGUGGCGCACUCAUUCAUCGACCUAGCGUUCCUCAGGCUUGCUCCGAGAACCUAACUUUAUCUCAGCAGAAAUCCAGCGUUUUCCUUUCAUGGCGCCUCACUGUAGCGAGCCUUUUGCACCCUGCUGGCCGCCAUCGAGUUUCUAUAAUCAUUACCACGAUGAUAACUCCGUCGUGGCCUUCCAUGGCGGCGCUGGUAGCGACGGAGGAGAGCAGAACCGUCGGGACAGCAGAGCAAGUGCAUGGUAGAUAUCAGAACGGCCUCGUGGUUUCGCUUACAGAGAGUCGCUCAUCAAUCUCAAGUGUCGAGAAUCCUUCUAUCCAAGGCCAUAGCUGCCGCGCGUUGCUGCCCGUUCUUCGCGUUCGAUCAACCAAAUCCUGAAAGGCGUCCCGUAGAUCAGCUAUUGACUCAAUAGCUGGUCGGAGCAGAGAGAGGGAGAGAGAUUGAGAAGAGAGAGCGAGGAAGAGAGCUCUCGCCCAAAGCUCUGCCGCGAGUUACCUCCAGUGGUGCUUAGCAAACCAUGGCGGCCGCCUCCGCCCUUCAAACCCUAGACAACUUUUACGCACAGCCCCUUCGCCCGAUGGCGACCGUGGCGGCAUUUUUUCCGCCGUCGUCCAAUGCGCAUUGUCCAGCUCGUCGCGGCGGCGAGACGGCCUCUCCGCAAAUCUCGCCGCUGCCGACGGCCGUCGCGCAUGGCAGAAAGAAGCGGCGACGUGACGGGGGGGGCGAAGAACUGAGAAGUUUCUCCGAAGCGGGAAUCACUGCUGCUGACUCGGAGUCAGCGAUUCACGCGGAGUCGCCUGCUCUGGCUGCAGAGCCGCGGCUGACUCCAAGGCCGGCGGACAUUGCGGAGGCCGAUUCCACGUCAGCGUCUCGCGCCGACGAUCCCGGGCAGCUCUUCGCACUCAUGCUCGCGAACUCGACCGCCAAGAUGCGCACCCGUUGCGACCACGCCCCUCCGCUCUUCCGCCGUCCCAUGAUGGUGGAAGCUUUUGGCCCGGCCUGCCCGCCGCCGCCAGCGGCACUCUCCAUGUUUGCUCCAGCGGGUGAUGGCUCCGUUGCUGGUUGCUCCGUAGCUGCUCCGUUCUUCCCGCCGGAAAUGCUCCCGUCUCCCGCACCCGCCCACCUCCCGCACCAGCGCAUGCCAUUCCCCAACCGCUUGCUGGCUCGCCCUCAGCAUCCCGGAUCUCCAGGAAUGGCAGUGGCGGAGAUGGUUGCGUCGGAGGCUCUAUUCGGCCAGUGGGCGCAUCGAGUGAUAGCGGCUACUAGCGCCGGUAGUUUGGGGUGUAGUGGUGUUGGUAAUCUGGCCCGGAGGGAUGUGGCUGCCGUGAGUCGCGGGUUCUCAUGUGCCAUCUGCCGCCGUUCCUUCCCCACAGUGUGCGCGCUGGGUGGCCACAAGAGCAUGCACCGCAAGCACGCCGGCAGCGGUAGCAACAGCAGCAGCGGGAAGAGAGUCAGUGGCAGCAGCAGCAGUGGGAGGAAUGGCGCCAGCAGCGGCAAACAUGGCGGCAGCAGCAAGCGUGGUUGCAGCGGCAGCAGGAACAAGGUCAGCAGCUGCAACCUUCCCAACCAUCAAGCCAACCCUGCGGUACCAUCGCCGCUACGCAGCCUUAAGAAGUGCAAGGUCGCUGACGAUUUUUCCGCACAAACAGGUGCUGCUCCCCAAAAACCCUCAAUUUCCCCUCUGGCUGAAGACGCCUUCCCAGUUACAGCGUCCCUUCCGACCCCCCCAAAUACGCCAAGCAGUGUGGACACAGUGCCUGCCUCGUGGCGUGUUGCAGGGGUGGCAUGGGAACCUUUAGGGGAGAGUCUUUCGAGCCACGGGCUUAAGGGGGUGGCGUGUGAGGGGCCUCAGAGGGCGCAGCUGAAGCGGCCUAUCCAGGAGCGGCUGCUGCAGUCAAAUCUGGUGCUACAGACACAAGAUGCGAGAGCAACCAGCUGCGAGUUACCGGGGCUUGAUAUCUCAGUGGACGAAGCCAGAAGCCCGGGUACUCAUCAUGAGGGCCACAGUUUAGUACAAGACUGCUCCAGAAAGAGCAUUCCAAGUGAUGCUUGCGGUGCCAAAUUCAUGGCAGCGGCUUAUAGGCGAGUAGAAACAGAUGUUGCCAGUUCAGUUGACAGUACAGCAUGCGAAGAACUGGAGAAUGAAGGUGGGGAAUGCCCCUUGGGAUGUUUGGAUUUGACUUUGCACUUGUAGUACAUGGCAGUUUGCUUAGUGGUACUCGUUGUGCGUAAAGCGGGUUGAGUUGAGAUGCAAUGCGGUGUAGUCAUUGAUGGCGUGGCCCAACUACUCUUUUC